AUGUUUUCGAUCUUCAUUGUUUCGAAUCUAUGCUCAAACCCAAGUACAAAAGCAAAUCCAAAGCCAAGUCGAAAACCCAAGUCCGAAGCCAAGUCCAAAGCCAAGUUCAAAGCCAAGUUCAAAGCCAAGUCCAAAGCUAAUUCCAGAGCGACGUCCGAAGCCAUGUCCAAAGCCAAGUCCAAAGCCAAAUUCAAGGCCAAGUCCGAAGCCAAGCCCAAAGCUAAAUCCAAAGCCAAGAACAAUGCCAAUUCCAAAACCAAGUCCAAAGCCAUGUUCAAAGCCAAGUCCAAAGCCAUGUUCAAAAGCCAUGUUCAAAGCCAAUACAAAUCCAAAUCUAAAGCCAAGUCCAAAGCCAAGUCCAAAGUCAAGUUGAAAGCCAAUUUCAAAGCCAAGUCCAAACCCAAGUCCAAAUCCAAGUUCAAAGCCAAGUUAAAAGCCAAAUCCAAAGCCAAGUUCAAAGUCAAGUCCGAAGCCAAGUCCCAAAGUCAAAUUCAAAGCCAAUUUCAAAGCCAAGUCCAAACCAUAUUCAAAGCCAUGUCCAAAAUCAAGUCCAAUGCCAAAUCCAAAGCCAAGUUCAAAGUCAAGUCCAAGGCCAAGUCCACAGCCAAGUUCAAAGCCAUGUCCAAAGUCAAGUCCAAAGCCAAAUUCAAAGCCAAGUUCGAAUCCAUGUAA